AUGCCAAGUAAAUCAAAAGGUGUUUGUUACUGCACUAAGCAUAUAUUCGGCAAAGUGGUUAUUGUAACUGGCGGUAAUUCUGGAAUUGGCUAUGAAACAGCCAAAGACUUGGCCUACAGAGGUGGACGUAUCAUCAUAGCAUGCAAAAACGAAGAACAUGGAAUAGCAGCGAGAGACAAAAUAAUUGCAGAAACAGGCAAUAGAAACGUACACUUUCGGAAACUAAACCUAGCCUCACUAAAAUCGGUGAGGCAAUUCGCUGAGGAUAUUCUUAAAAACAAGAAAAGGAUUGAUAUAUUGAUCAACAAUGCAGGUAUAUAUAGCAGCAAAAAUGUGAAAACUGAAGAUGGCUUGCUAGAAGGAAUGCAAGUUAAUCAUUUUGGACCCUUUCUUUUAACCUGCUUGUUGUUGCCAAUACUAAAAAUGUCAGCACCUAGUCGCAUUAUAAAUGUCUCAUCAGUAGUUUACAAAAAAGGAAAGAUUGAUUUCAACAAUCUGAAUAUGGAGAAAGAAACAGAGUCAUCGUUCAAGGGAUAUCAGGUGUACUACAAUUCUAAAUUGUGCAAUAUACUUAUGAUCACUGAAUUGUCUCGAAGAUUGGAAGGUACCGGCGUGACAGCCAAUUCUCUACAUCCUGGCAUCGUGAAUACUAAUAUUUUUAAAGGUGUCGAUGAUAGGUUUACAAAAAUUGUGAUUUCAAUGUUCAAAUGCCAUUUUAAAACUCCAUGGGAGGGAGCACAAACUACCAUUUACUUGGCUGUGUCACCAGAAGUGGCAAGCGUAAGUGGUAAAUACUUCGUUGAUUGUCAUCAGGAAGUCUCCUCCAAAACAUCCCGAGACCCAGAACUAGCUCGUAAGCUUUGGGAAGUUUCAGAGAAGUUAGUGUGUUUAAAUAAAUUGAUGAAUGACAAUAUUCAAACAAAAAGUAAAUGUAAAGUGAAUACUGAAAAACUUAUUGUUUGA